UAAUCACCUCGCAAUAGGUGUUAAUGUGUGUGUGUGUGUCCAGGAAAGUGACGAGCUGAAACUGAAGCUGGAGGAUGUGGGUUUCACAGGAGGACGAAACCAAACCUCUAGAAGGGUAUAAAAACACAUCGCGCGCGCUCACGGUAACUCACUCCAGAGCGCCGUAGAGCAGCGGGGAACAGCACGGGCUCCCCAUACACAUCACGGUGUGAGUGCGCGCGAGUGUGUGUGAUGUGAGAAACAUCCCUCAAGUUAACAGUUGACAUGAACACCUGAAUCUCUGCUACUCAGUGCGCGCGCUUACUGAAGCUGCUCUUAUAUUUUAUUUUUGGUUCACAGUUUAGUUGUUUAUUUUUAUUCCACCAUGCGGACAUGCACGUGGGGUUUCUUCACGCUGCUCGCGGUACUUUCCUUCAGCACGAGCCAACCGCACAGCCACUUCACCGGAGUCACGAGGACACGUAAAUACCUGUCUAAGGCUUACUUCUGCAGUGCAGAUAGUGAAUGUGAACCAAGACUUUAUUGCCAGGCCCCAGGUCAUGCCCACUCUCAAUGUUCGCCCUGUAAGAGAAGAGCAAGGCGUUGCCGUAGAGACCAAAUGUGUUGUCCUGGAAACGAGUGUCGCAAUCAUGUGUGCAGUCGAAUUUCAGCACGAGCUUCAGCAGAACACACUCCAGAACAGAAGAACCGAAUCCACAGCUCUUCUGGACGCCUAAAGAAAAACAGGAAGCUCAACAAACUACGCAAAGGUGAAUUGGGCGCACAAUGCGUGCGCUCAGCUGACUGUGGGCAUGGCCUGUGCUGUGCACGUCACCUGUGGAAGCGAGUGUGUAAGGCGGAGCCUCAGGAGGGGCAGGUUUGCUCCAACCCCUGGCGUAGGAAACACACACACACUGGUCACACACUGGAGCUGUUCCAGCUUUGUCCCUGUGCAACUGGCCUUGAGUGCAGGACACAGAGUCACACACCAACACACACUAACACACACAGCAACACACACCGACCUGCUGCUGCUGUCAGACUCCACACCUGCCAACUACUCUGACAGGCAGACAGAGAGAGACAGAUAGACAGAGAGAUGGAUUGAGAGAGACAGACAUUUUAAUGCUACAUUUUUGAUUGUGUACCAACACAAACACGAAAUAUCAACGACGCAACACAGAAACAAAUCAACCCAUCAGCAGAUUGUUUCUAAUUUGCAUAUUCAUAUCCCUAGAGUUUUUAAUGAGGCUAAAUGUAUAGAAAUGUUUCUGUAUUCAGCUAGUGUUACUCAAUAAACAGUUCAUUAUUGUAGACAGAUACAGUAAUCCCCCGCUAUAUCGCGGUUCAUUUAUCGCGUUCCCGGUAUAUCACGGAUUUUUAUUUGGAACAUAAAUUUUUUUUUUUCGCGGAUUAUCCCGGUAUAUCGCGGUAUCCUCAAACUUUAUAGUGAAUUGUUUUUAUGUUGAAAUAAGGUAAUUAAUUAAUAAAAAUAUAAUUAAUAAUUACAAAAUGUAAACAUUAAUUGAAAAUGAAGUAAAAUGUUAAUAAGAACACGUAGCGUUGUUUAGGAAAGCGCGGUGCGGGGAUGCUGAAAAUCAAAAUACAUCACGGAACGAGUCCGGCCAAUCGGAAUGCCCCAUUCAUUUAAUGGGGCAUUAAAUGAAUUUAAAUGAAUUAAAUGAUUGGCUGCUGGCUAUGGUGGCAGUUGGGGAAGGGGAAGCAGAAUUCUCCAGCAUCCCAGUUUUUCGCGUGUCACUGUCCCGAGUGUUUCGUUUUGUUCUGUGUACGCUGUAUUUUUACGGUUUUUCUGCAAGCUCUAUUAUGUCGCCCAAACGCUCUGCACCUUCUAAGGCUUCUGGCAAGGAACAUAAAUACAUACUUUACUCACUAUAAAUGUGAUAUUUCUACGAAUUUACCACAAAUCCAUCUCACUAUAUGCUUGCAAAUGUUUUCUGUGUGUGUUUAAAGAGUGUGGGAGGGUAAUAAUAAAAAAAAAGCAUCUGGGGGUGGCGUCCGUGUAUCGCGGAUUUUUGUUUAUCACGGGUGGUUUUGGAACGCAACCAACGCGAUAAACGGGGGAUUACUGUAUUUUGAUUGGUUUAAAAACGUGUGUGUGCAUGUUACUGCAGUGCUUAUAACAACACAAAGCUGUAGGUCAGUCUGCAUUAUUAUUAUUAUUAUUAUUAUUAUUAUUAUUAUUAUUAUUAUUAUUUGGUGAGGUCCAAACAUCUGAGAGCUCAGAGAAUUGGGGAGAAUGGGAGUUCUCCCAUUUAAAACUGAAAGUUUCUGGAAUAUUUAAAGCAAAAAAAACCCACAAAGAGUUCUAUCUUGUGUAUACAAUACUCAGAAAUUACAUUAAUCUGCAUAUUUCUAAUAUUCUGUUUUUCACUGCAAUAGAACCAACAGAAGCUCUCAGACACUAGACACACACACAGUGUGUCAUGUAAUUUCUGACAUCUCAUAAAUCAACUCAGGGUGAGUGUUCUCUGAUCUCAGUCAGGGGACUGUGUGUGUGUGUGUAGCCUCUAGAACAGAUACAGUAUAAGUGAUUUAGGAUCUCGUCGUUUGAUGUUUUUCUCUGAGACUACUGACCUGGUAGCUGGGUAACAAGCUCAUGUGUUUAAGCAGCUCUGUGAGAGGAUUUGGUUUCUACAACAUAUUUAUAUACAUUAUAUACCUUAUAUAUCUUACAUAUGACUAUUUUGAAAAUUCACCAUUACAGAAAUUAUUUGUUUAUAAUUUCAUUGAUAUAAAUGGAAUAAUGUUUAGUUACUAAUUACAGUAAUGACCCUGGAGCAGGUGAGCAGCUGAUUAUGAAAGGUCUUAAUCACACAGCAGGUUUUAUUCAUUUCUGUUUAUUAAGAAACUUGUCAUUAUUAUCCGA